CGGGUGGGGAUGUAGGCCGACGAGGGAGAUAGGCCUUGUCGUUGCCGCGUCAAAUGACACGCCCAUCCUCGGGUCUAGAAAAACAAGUCGAGGAACCUAGUCAUUCUGCGGCAGCCCGCUGAUCUUGGUCGAGAGCUGCACCUCUCGCCAAGCAAGGGAAUACUUUGCUCGUUUUACGCCCGCAACCAACACUGCCUCCUACUGCACCGUUUCUCUCCCAGUACAGAGCACAGCAGUCAGCAGCAACCAUGGGCUCGGCCGAAGUGGUCCAACCCGCGAGUCCGCGGCGGAGCGACGAUGUGGUACCAGAGAAGGCCGCCAUGAACGCCGACGAGGUGCGGCUGGCUGAGAUGGGCCACAAGCAGGAGCUGCACCGUCACUUCAGCACCCUGAGUCUCAUCGGUCUGGCGUCGACGACUACCAUCUCCUGGACGGGGCUCGGCCUCGGCCUGAUUACUGAAAUCGGCGCCGGCGGCCCUGGCGCUGUAAUCUACGGCUUCAUCCUCGUGACCGUUCUGCAGUGCUUCCUCGGCGCGUCCCUGGCCGAAUUUGUGUCCAGCUAUCCCACCGAGGGCGGCAUGUACCACUGGAUCGCGGCCGUGGCGCCCAAGCGGCUGACGGGCCCGCUCAGCUUCUUCACGGGCUGGUUCAGCGUCCUGGGCUGGAUCUUCACCACGGCCUCGACCAACAUCAUCUACGCCCAGAUCCUCAUGGCCCUAAUUGCGCUCUACAUGCCGGACCUGGUGAUCCAGACGUGGCAGACCUUUGUCGUCUACCAGGGGCUGAACCUGCUGACGGCCGCCGUCGUCAUGUUUGGUAACAAAGCCAUCCCGGGCCUCAACCGCUUCUCGCUCUUCUAUCUACAGAUCGGCUGGCUCGCCGUGCUCGUCACCGUCGUCGCUUGCGCCCCGACGCACCAGACACCCGAGUUUGUGUUCAGGACCUGGAUCAACAAGACGGGCUGGGAGAACCAGGGCAUCGCCUUUAUUACCGGCCUCGUGAACCCGCUGUACUCCCUUGGAGGGCUCGACGGCGUCACGCACAUUACCGAGGAGAUGCCCAACCCCUCACGCAAUGCCCCGCUGGCUAUUGCGAUAACCCUGAUCAUUGCUUUCUUCACGGGCAUCACCUACCUUAUCUCCCUCAUGUUCUCCAUCCAGGACUUCGACGCCCUCACCAACAACAACACGGGCCUGCCGCUCGCCGAGCUCUUCCGGCAGGUGACGCGGUCGGCCGGCGGCGCCUUCGGCCUGACCUUCAUCCUGUUCGUCGCCCUCGGGCCCUGCGUCGUCUCGUCGCAGCUGAGCACGGGCCGCAUCUUCUGGGCCUUCUCGCGAGACGGCGCCAUGCCGCUGUCGCGCGUCUGGUCGCGCGUGCACCCGUCGCUGCGCAUCCCGCUCAACGCGCAGGUGUGCGUCACCGCCAUCAUCGCCGCCCUGGGGUGCCUGUACCUCGGCUCGUCCACGGCCUUCAACUCGCUGCUGGGCACGGCCGUGACCAUCAACAACAUCUCGUACCUUUUCCCCAUCGUGACGAACCUGCUGACCGGGCGCAGGAACAUGCACAAGGGAGUGUUCCACAUGGGUCCUCGGAUUGGGCCUGUCGUCAACAGCAUCACCGUGUGCUGGCUGGUCUUCGCCAUCGUCUUCUUUUCUUUCCCCUACGUCAUGCCUGUGGACCCUACAAACAUGAACUACACCUGCGUCGUUGUUGGCGGUCUGUCCCUCCUCGUCGGAGCCUAUUGGUUCCAAGCGGGAGCCGAGUACACCCAGGAGAUGCUGGCAAAGGCCAAGGGGGAGUAACGACACUAGGGGAUGACGCCAAGGCGCGUGUUGCAAAUAAUUACCUGGAUGGUAGGUUUUGUGGGGAGGAUAGCUCAAUAACAAGAACCUGGUUUGGAUACCUAUCCCAAUGCUUCCGAGACUGUAUCAUGUGGCUAUCUGUACACCAGCCUUUGGUCCUCGGAAGUAUCUUCGGCUUUCAAUCCGACAUUGGCAUUUGGCAUCCGCUGCCUCACUUCCGCCAGCAGCCAAGUCUGACAGCCUGAUCGUGCCCCGAGGGGCAGCUGCAAGG